AUGGCUCGCACGAGAUCAGCAGGUGCUUCGGUUCCUGUUGAAUUCGCUGUCCCUGACAUACUCUCUCAUGUUCUUGAUGUACACUCCACCGCCGAUGCGUGGAAAACUAUCACUGCUAUGUUUGCCUCUGCCUCCAGGUCCAAAGUGCAACACCUCCGAGACAGGCUGAACAACACUAAGAAGCUGUCCAUGUCGGCAGAUGAGUACUUCACGAAGAUGAAGGGCUUCGCCUAUGAUCUGGAUGCUCUCGGCAAGUCACUUGGUGAAGAUGAAUUCAUCAGUCAUGUCCUUAAUGGCCUCGACAAGGGCCACUACAACUCGCUCAUCACCACCGUCAAUGGCAACCCAGACACCUCCCUUGAUGAGCUGUACGACCAGCUGUACGCCUACGACCUGCGCAAUGGCGUUGAGGAGUCUACGGACUCCUUCUCCUCCACAGCAAAUGUCGCUAAACGCGACUAUGGUCCGCGCGGACGCACUCCUCCCCCGCGUGGUCGCUCGCCUCCACGUGGUGGCAGGGAUGGAGGUUACCGCGGCCGCUCCCCUCCACGCCACUACGACGAUGACCGCGGCAACCGCCGCUAUGAUGAUGACCGCGGAAAUUGGCGCCGUGAUGACCGGCGUCGUGACGAGCGCCGCGAUGAUCGCCGUGAUGAUAGGCGUCGUGGUGGCGGUGGUGAUCGUGGUCGAAACCGGCGGCCCGACCGGGCCCCCACUCCCUACGUCAACACGGAGUGUCAAAUCUGCAAAAUCCAUGGUCACCCGGCCAGUGACUGCUGUGGCGCUACUCGGAUGACAAGAGGAACAACCGUGAUCGUGAUCGCGAGCGUGAUGACAAGGAAUAAUGAGAAUGCUGAAGAAAACCGCGUCGAAAACGGAGCUCCAAGCGCGACAGAAACUGAAGAAUCAGAUACAGAAACGGACAAGACUGGCACAAGACACGAAGCAGAACAUUCCCUGGAAUUUUCUGAUCCCGAGGAUGAUCCUGGCGCUAAUCCCGGCGUAGGAUCCCGCGCGUCGCCCGGAGGAGAUUCUCCCGCCCAGUCGGCCGCCACGCGUCGUGCGCGGUCUAGCUCGCCCCCGUCCCACGUCGCGUCUCCCGCCCAGUCGUCCGCCACGCGGCGUGCGCGGUCCGGCUCGCCCCCGCCUAGCGUCGAGUCUCCGCGGCGGGCGUCCCCUGGCGAGCGCGAAGAGGCGCGCGAAACGUCGCCUCCGUCCACACCUUCCGACACGCCGACAACCUCCUUGUCGCCUAGUGCGGCCACGUCGUCCACAUCGUCCGCCGCAGGAGGAUCUUCUGCGGUGAAAGACUCUGCUGGUGCAGGUGCACCACCCGAUGCACCACUUGAACAACCUGCACCACCGUCGCCUCCUCACACUUGA